AACCAGCCGCCGUCCCGUCCGCUGCCUCUGGCCAUGUUUACCAAUGUCUUUCAUCACGGGAGAGAGAGGGAGGUGUCCGCUCGCUGCGGCUCCCAGCGAGCCCGGAGCUGAGGUGAAUGCAGAGAUAAGCUUAUUUUGAGGAAGACGAUCGGGAGGAGGAAGAGAAGAGGAGGGCGGGGGAGGAGGAGAGAGGAUGGAGAGGGAGUGAGACCCGGAUGCUGAUGCGAGUGAGGCGAAGGAAGGAAGAGGGGAGAGAAAAUAUCGAUUUACGGCAAGAAAACCGAAGGGAGUAUAAUACGAGGGGCCUCUACCCUGCGGGAAGUACGGCCAGGAGCGAGGAGUGGGGCCCGGCUGUUAUUACAGCGGCUCCGUCCGCGGGUAUCUUCGUUUUUUUCACCUGUGCAUCCGCCGGUGAGGGAGGAGGACACGCCAAAGGAGAGACGAGAAGAUGCUGUGAUCGGGCUACUCGCAGGGAUGUAGAGGCGGCGGAGGGACAGGGAGGGGGAGGACUACGCUACGCUAAAGAUGGUUGUUUUGCGGGGUCGUCUUCCAGAUAACACGAGAAUGCGGCGGCCGUGUGAUAAAUCCGCGAUGUCCAGAAACUUCGGGCGGUGUGGGUUUUUUUGACAGGCGCUGAAGCUACAGCUAGCCUCGCUGCUGUGUGGGAGAGCGGCGGCGGGGCUAAAAUAGCAUGUUGUUGCACCUGUAAAAUAGGCCCGGCAGUCCGAAUAACACCGAUUUAAUUCUCCGCCUGACGUAUUGGACGUUUUUGUUCGUAUAGUCAUCCGGUGAACGGCUUAAAUCUCCGCAGGAGAAAACCCGUUUCUUAUUAGUCGCCAUUUACAGUUAACGUCAUACACGUAACAAGGUGUAAGUUGUACACAUAAGCUAAUGUACAUAGGAAAACUCAUUAGUUUGUCUUUAGCAUAGUGGUCGGUAUUUAAAGUAGCCUAACAAGUUAAUGUCACCUGGUUUCUCUUGCUUUACUCUAUCAAUAUUAAGCUUUUUAUGUUAGAUGUUUUCCGCCAUGUUUACCGUGUUUUUACACUAAAAUAUUUAGCUCAAUUUAUCAUCCGGGUGUUGUAAAUCAAAUCGCUCCAUAAAUAACAUCAGAGUAGCAGUGAAUUCAAAGGCAGUCCUUCUGAGUUUUAGCAUCCAUCCGACUUGUAUCCCACAAAAAAAAAAAAAAAACAACAACCUCCUGUGUAAGCUGUACAAUAUCACAGUAAUUGCAAUAAUCACAGUGCAGUAGUAGUACUAAUUGUGUAUUAGCCUCCAGUAAGAGCAGUAUGAGUAAGGAACUGUCUCUGAGUCAGUCAGCUCAAUAUGUUGGGCCCUAUCGACUGGAAAAGACUCUGGGGAAGGGACAGACAGGACUUGUCAAACUGGGGGUCCACUGUAUUACGGGUCAGAAGGUAGCGAUCAAAAUAGUCAACAGAGAGAAGCUGUCUGAGUCGGUCCUGAUGAAGGUUGAGAGGGAGAUUGCCAUUCUGAAACUGAUCGAGCAUCCGCAUGUGUUGAAGCUGCAUGAUGUUUACGAGAAUAACAAAUAUCUGUACCUGGUGUUGGAGCAUGUGUCUGGAGGAGAGUUGUUCGACUACCUGGUGAAGAAGGGCCGGCUAACUCCGAAAGAGGCCAGGAAGUUCUUCAGGCAGAUCAUCUCUGCUUUGGAUUUCUGCCACAGUCAUUCCAUCUGUCACAGAGACCUGAAGCCGGAAAACUUGCUCCUGGAUGAAAAGAACAACAUCCGUAUUGCAGACUUUGGCAUGGCCUCCCUACAGGUGGGGGACAGCCUGUUAGAAACCAGCUGUGGAUCGCCACAUUAUGCUUGUCCUGAAGUUAUAAGGGGAGAGAAAUACGACGGGCGGCGAGCAGAUGUGUGGAGCUGUGGGGUCAUUCUGUUUGCUCUUCUGGUGGGUGCCCUGCCUUUUGACCACGACAACUUACGUCAGCUCCUGGAAAAGGUGAAGAGCGGCGUGUUCCACAUGCCACACUUCAUCCCCCCGGACUGCCAGUCGCUGCUCAAGGGCAUGAUCGAGGUCAACCCUGAAAAGAGACUCACGCUAGAGGCCAUCCAGAAACACGCCUGGUAUCUGGGUGGUCGUAAUGAGCCGUGUCCUGAGCAGCCUCCUCCCAGGCGAGUGUGUGUGAGGCGGAUCUUGUCCCUGACUGAGCUGGACCCAGAUGUGUUGGACAGCAUGCACUCGCUGGGCUGUUUCCGAGACAGAGGGAAGCUCACACGUGACUUGCAGUGUGAAGAAGAAAACCAGGAGAAGAUGAUCUACUACCUACUUCUAGACAGGAAAGAGCGCUACCCCAGCUAUGAGGAUGAGGACCUGCCUCCGCGCAAUGACGUAGCAGACCCUCCGCGAAAGCGCGUUGACUCUCCCAUGCUGACGCGCCACGGCCGCUGUCGUCCCGAGAGGAAAAGCCUGGAGGUGCUGAGUGUUACCGAACAGGGGUCCCCUACCCCGCCUCGCAGGGCCCUGGACACAGCUGCACACAGCCAGAGGUCUCGCUCAGUCAGCGGAGCCUCUACUGGCCUCUCCUCCAGCCCUCUCAGCAGUCCCAGGUCCUAUCAGAGCCCCGUCUUCACUUUCAGCCAAUCAGAUGUCACCUCUGCCACCGCUUCCCCCCUCACAAAGGAGUCCAAGCAGGGAGGCAUCACUACUCCUCGCUCCGCACGGGCUCAUGACAAGCCCAAAGCUCCCCCCAACCCAAAGACCCAGACCUUACCCACCAAGGGACCUGCUGACCGACCCCAUCUGCAGCCCAUCAAAUCCCUGCCUCUGCACAACCCAUCCUCCCGCUCGCCCUCCCCUUCCCCACUGCUGUCACCCAUCCCUCGUUUCUUCUUCCCCUCGUCCUCUGUCCUAAAGUCAGUGACUAAGAGCUUCUACCCAAACUCUGCCCACUCUGUGCCGCAGGUCACUCCCCAGGGCUCUCCGUUGCCCACACCCUUGGGCACCCCUGUCCACCACCCUCACCACCCUUCCUCCACCCCGCCCUCCUCCUCCUCGUCCUCGUCCUCCUCGCGGGCGGAGGGAGGGGGAGGGGUGGGCUCGCUCUCGCUGACUCCGCCCUCCAGCCCGGGAGGGGGAAGCGGCAUGGCGGCCAGCAGCUCGGCCCACUGGAGGACCCGCCUCAAUUCGUUCAAGAACAACCUGCUGGGCUCGCCGCGGUUCCACCGCCGCAAAUUACAAGUUCCCACUUCAGAAGACAUGUCCAGUCUAACACCAGAAUCCAGUCCUGAGCUGGCUAAGAAGUCAUGGUUUGGGAAUUUCAUCGGCUUGGAGAAAGAGGAGCAGAUCUUUGUGGUGAUCAGAGACAAACCUCUGAGUUCUGUCAAAGCCGACAUUGUCCACGCUUUCCUGUCUAUCCCGUCCCUCAGUCACAGCGUCCUCUCCCAGACCAGCUUCCGGGCCGAGUACAAGUCCUCCGGCGGCCCCUCCGUCUUCCAGAAGCCCGUCAAGUUCCAGGUGGACAUUGCCUUUUCCGAGGGCGAGAGGGAGCGGGACAGGGACCGGACCGAGAGGGAGGGCAGGAGGGAGACAGGAAUCUACAGCGUGACGUUCACCCUCAUAUCAGGUCCGAGUCGCAGGUUCCGGCGAGUGGUGGAAACGAUUCAAGCUCAGCUUCUCAGCUCUCAUGAUCAGCCAUUGGUGCAAGCCCUAUCUGAUCCCUUCCCAGAUGAGAAGAACGGCCGGCCCCACGGGACCCCCACCCGCCAAAACUCGAGGCGCUCUGAGGGUGGGGGCGACAGGUGCGAGUGGGGCGACCGAGCAGAUGGCGGAGGCAUAGGAGGCAGCGGGGGAGUUCUGCAGCGCAGAGGCUCGGCAAAAGAGAGAACCCGACUGCUGUCCUCCAACGGAACCCAGUCCCAACCGUAGGAAAAGGAAGUGAGGCCACACAGCAGGAGGUUUGAACUACACCAGAAAGACAGAAGACAGUCUAACUUCAUCUCCAAGUAUCCCUGCAAGCCAUGAGCAACUCCUAUUCUUCCGCGAAUAAGUUAUUGAAGGUGCUUGACCAUAGCGAGGAUCGAGCCUUUUCCCCAUCAUGCGUUUUAUUUACGACCCGGCAUUUUCUCGAUCUUUCGGAUCACCUGGAUUCCUUCCCUUAAAUGAGAAAGAAGUGUUAAGGAACCACCCUUUAAUGAAAAAAAAAAAUAACAUGUGAAUGAGCAGUUCGGUCUCCAUCAUAGAUGCAGCUUCACACAACAAACUAGGAAUUUUGAAGUGCUAAUGUGCAUGCCAGUUAGCAAAUCAGCCUGCUCCAGGAUGCUGACACGAUCAGAUAGGCUAGUCUACCAUAUCAUUGUAAUACAAUACCUGACACCAAAAACAAAUAUUAGUCUUGUGACCGUCCUCAAGAUUACUUUUAAAAUUAACCAGUAUCACUUAUCAAGCAACAUGCAGUCCAUACUGAAACAUAAACGCAUCUCAAAAGAAGAACCAUAAAGAGGCAGCAGCCUGCGACCACCUCAGUGAGUGGCAAAGAAUUUAAGAAUAAAAGGUCCUGUUUUUCUCAGGAGAAACUAGCGUCUUCUCCUGAGGCAAAGAAAACCAACAAAGUAAGCUAAGUAAGUGAAUGUGAAAAAAAAAAAUAAUAUUUUUUUAUUUAGUUAUUAUUUGUGUUUACAUGUUUCUUUCGAGGAUGUCAGUAGCACCGUGAUCGCAGUAAAGACAACAACUAAAACACUAACAGUGUUUGACGGGGGAAGCGGACCAGUUGCUUUUUGGGAGGCGUUCAUUUAUUUAACGUUUAAUGUUUUGAUUCUUUUGUAUUUCCUUUUUACUCAGAGACGAUAUGAUGAAACAAUGCAUCAGAGAAUUUUGCAUUGGACCUUUUGUUGCUCUGGAGAAAUGUGUUUUUGAUUUGAACAGAAAUAUGAACAUUAUUAUAUGAAGAAAAAAACGACGACAACGACAACAAGAAAAAAAAAACACUAUGCGUGAGUAGUUCCAUGAACCUCAUCACAGCUAUUUGUGCCCAGAUUGAAUGAGAAGAGCAUCCCCGGCCUUUGGAUCAAACAGAAACCACCUUCCUCGUCACGCUUGUCUCCUGUUGCCAUAGUAUUCACGUACUGACAUGUAACAAAAUAAAACUAAAAAGAAAACACUCGAAGUAAUGGACGUUUUCAUAAUGCCAGACUUAAAAGGCUUGACGGUGUUGACCCCUCGUCGAGAAGGACUCGAAACCCGGGAAGCGAGCAGAUUCUCCUAACCCCACUCUCCUCAUUUCAGUGUUCACAACAAGCCAAGUAGUCCAUCACCGCACCCACGCUCAUCACCGAGAGUCGCACCAUUCUGCAAGCAGACGUAGCAACUCGGACAGUCACGUAUUACUCCAGUACUCUGUCAGACUAGUCGAUGUUCAUCACCAGUCUUCCAUGCAGCACGAUAUGCAACAAAAGUACAGAAUGCUUUCAGAGAGACACGCACAGUGCAGCGCUGCAGUUCUAUUUAUUUUAACUGCAUUUUUGUGUAUUUCUCCACUCUAUCCGCAAAUCUAUUUAUUCAUUAUUUAUUUAUUUUUAUUUAUUUGAUUAUGUCAUGUAUUUGUUUACAAAUGAGAUUCCAUGCCAACAAAAAUGUAUCAUUAUCAUAUCCAAGAAGCCUUUUCUAUAUUAUUUCUUUUUUUUAUUUUUUUGAGCACCUCUUUUCACUCAAAAGAACGACAUUGAUAGCAGUGCUGACAAGUUGCUCUCAUCUUACGUCAGAUCUCAUGUCUCUUUAAAUUUUACCUGUCUCUGCUAAGUGGAAUCUAUGCGUGAGACGGGCGGAUGAGCUGAAAACUUGGCGGCAGAUGCAUUUUGAGCUGAUCACGUACGGAAAUGUCGACUGAUCCAGUAAUAUUACAUCGAGCAAAACGCUAACUGGGGUAUAAUUUCUCUCUCACACAUUGAAUGCUUGCCAAUUCGCUACACCUCUUGCUUUUAUGCCUUGUCCCUUUGACCUGUCUGCCUUUUCACCUCUGUCGUGUAGUCAUCAUCACAGGACAAAACUGUACGAAGUCGUUUGCCUCACUGUCCAUACACACCUUAUGAUUGCUCACCGUCUUUCACGUCACCUUCACUUUCAUUGACCCAACUAUGGCUAAGAUUGUAAACUAUUCUCCAUUCAUAAGGGUCAGUAGAAUAAGGUGUUUAAAAAAUGAAAUGUCUGUAUCAUAAUUUAAAUAUAAAAAGUGCACUAUUAUAACUAUUGCCUGUGAUAAAAAAAAAGAACAAUUAUGAUUGAAUUGAUGGUUAAAAUAAAGAGAGAUCCACCUUAUUGUUAUGGUUACAAUAAUAAACCCAAAAUUCAUAUGUGUGUCUAUUCAGUUUCUGGGGUAAAAUUAUGUCUGUGUUUGUUUGUUUUUUGUUUUUUUUUUGCACAAAUUUUGCACAGGCUUAAAAUAAUUGCACCAUCUGGGUGCAUUAUUGUGAACAUUAUUUGUAUGUGCUGUAGUGUCAAAUAACAUAAAAAUAAUAAUGAGAACCUA